GCCUUGAGACGCUGUAAUGACGUCACAUUCAGUGGUCAUGAGGCGCUAAGUAAAAUGAGCGCUGGGCUUUUGAAGGAUUUCCCCGAAUAAUUGACCCUGUGGACGGCUAAACGCGCUGUAGUUUUACGAAAGCGGACAAAGUUAAUCGGGCCAGCCUCAUGACGCAGGAGGCAAAUGCUGCGAAUGGGGAUGGAAAAAUCAGUCGUCUCAUCCGGAUCGGAACCCGCAAGAGUCAGUUGGCUCGCAUUCAGACUGACAGCGUUGCAGAAAAACUUAAAGAGCUGCACCCUGACAUCAUUUUGGAAAUUGUGGCCAUGUCAACAAUUGGGGACAAAAUCCUUGACACAGCUUUAUCGAAAAUUGGGGAGAAGAGUUUGUUCACCAAAGAGUUGGAAACCGCUCUGGAGAAGAAUAUGGUGGAUCUGGUCGUCCAUUCACUGAAGGACCUUCCCACCACGCUGCCUCCAGGAUUCACCAUCGCAGCUGUGCUCAAGAGAGAGAACCCCCAUGAUGCUGUAGUACUACAUCCGAAGAAUGUAGGGAAAACGUUGGCGAUGCUUCCAGACAAAAGUGUGAUAGGCACUAGUUCACUGCGUCGUGCUGCUCAGUUGAAGAGAAGAUUCCCCCACUUGGAGUUUAAAGAUAUCCGUGGAAACUUGAACACCAGACUGAAGAAACUGGACGAGAAGGAGGACUUUGCAGCCAUCAUCCUUGCUGCAGCAGGUCUAAAGAGAAUGGGCUGGGAAAACCGAAUCAGCCAGAUUCUGGAGCCUGAGGAUUGCAUGUAUGCUGUUGGACAGGGCGCUCUGGCCGUGGAGGUUCGAGCCAAAGAUACUGACAUCCUGGAGAUGUUGUCCGUGCUUAACGACACCGACACUGUACUGCGCUGCAUAGCCGAGAGAGCCUUCCUCAGGCACCUGGAGGGAGGGUGCAGCGUUCCCGUGGCUGUGCACACAGAGGUCAAAGACUCGCAGCUUUACUUGACGGGUGGCGUGUACAGCUUGGAUGGUUCGGAUUUUCUGAAGAACACCAUGCAGACUAGCAUCGCUCCGAGUGAUAAGUGCCAGCAGGACGUGGACGAGCAGGUCCAGCGUGUGGGGGUCACGGCCGUCAAGAUCUGCAGCGACGCUCAGGGCAGUGCCGAGCGUCUGGGGGUGGACCUGGCCAACUUGCUCCUGAGCAAAGGAGCCAAGGAGAUCCUGACCGUGGCCAGACAGCUCAACGAUGCCAGAUAAUGGCCGCUUGAGGGGCACGCUGCUCCCUUUGGCUCGUUAUGGUGCAAUCCAGUUAGGUUGUUCAGAGCCUCCGUAGUGUUUUGCAAUUGUUCCUCCAUAAAGCACCUCACAGAGACCAUUUGUCACUAAAAGAGUGUUUUCGGAAGGGAUCCAAACUCUAUUUUGUUUGCAAGAAUACAUUAUAUGCCCCCCCACACACACACUCGUUUAAACACGGUAGUCCAAUUAAUAUUGCUUAUUUUAUUGAUUAAUAUUUGUAGAAUAAGAAUGAAAGCGAUGAAUUCGUCAAUUGUCAUCCAUCCCAGGGCGGCGCCAUUUUGGCAGCAUUCACAACGUUGACACGUGAAACGAACCUGGAAAACGGGAAUCGGACUUUCCAUGUGUGCUGCGAUAACUAGCAUGACUACAGGGUGAUGACGUGAUGAUUUUGAUCAAAAUUGAUGAAUUCAUGUUUCAUUAUUUUUCCACAAAUGCAGUAUCAAGCAGAAUGCUGUUUAGAAUGGCGAUUAUUAACUUGAAACUCAUUUCACCUGUAACUCACUUUUAAGUAUUUAAGAAGUUGCAGUCAUGUUGCCUUGCAAGAUGCUGUCCUCAACAACGUAAAUAUUUAUUUUGCAUUUACCUUCUGUUGCCAGUGAUUGUCCGAAAGUAGUCUUUCCCCAAGGUCUUAAGCCACCUGCAACACCCCAACAGAGUGACGUACUCACCCACAUGUGUAAAAAAACCCAAAAUAUCAUGAAAUUUUAAGUUUGAAAAUCAAGCACAUGGAAUGUAUAUUUGCUUUUUUUUUUUCUUCUUCUUCCGUGGAAUGAUAUUGAAAACGGGGUUCUGUAUUUGUCUUUUCUGUGCUGUUUGUUUCUUUAAAUAAAAGAAAAGGUGGGAAAA